CACCCGGAAGUGACCCACGUGCUUCCGUCUUCGCUUACCUGGGCACCGAGGGCAGUGCCCUGUAGGUGCAGAAGUUGGGGACGCUGUGACCGGCCACACCUGUGGUGAGUGAGCGCUGACCUCAAGAACUAGGAGACCAGUAGCUCUCCACGGUUCCGAACUGAGAUGGAUCCGCUCAGGGCCCAGCAGCUGGCAGCGGAGCUGGAGGUCGAGAUGAUGGCCGAUAUGUACAACAGAAUGACCAGUGCCUGCCACCGGAAGUGCGUGCCUCCCCACUACAAGGAAGCAGAUCUGUCCAAGGGCGAGUCUGUGUGCUUGGACCGGUGUGUCUCCAAGUAUCUGGACAUCCAUGAGCGGAUGGGUAAAAAGUUGACUGAGUUGUCUAUGCAGGACGAAGAACUGAUGAAAAGGGUGCAGCAGAGCUCUGGGCCCGCAUGAGACCAGGCACUGUGCUCCCAAAGGCGCACCCUGCCCUUUCCCGCUUGUCCAAUAAAAGUGCCCCCAUUGGGUGUCAUCUGUAAAACUGCCAAGCCUGGGCUCUCUCUGGAGAGUCUCCGGGCCCCUGGCGUGUGGUGUAACACGCUCCCUGUUGAAGAAGGGUGUUUGUCACACUGGAAUGGGACUGUACAUGCGCGCGUGUGUGUAACAUAUCUAUAUUAAAAUAAGUUUGUU